GGAGGAGGCUGUGGCGGUGGCGGGGCUAUGGGAGCCGACGCGCGGCCUUCUGGGGUCCGCGCUGGCGGCGGCCGGGUCGCAAUGGGGCCACCGAUCCCGCCUCUUUCUUUCCUUCUUUUGUUUUUGGCUGUGCCUAGCGCUCGGGCCGCGGGAUACGAGAAAUGCCCCACGGUGCAGCCGGACAUGCUCAACGUUCACCUGGUGGCCCACACGCAUGAUGACGUGGGCUGGCUCAAGACAGUGGACCAGUACUUUUAUGGCAUUUACACUAGCAUCCAGCAUGCGGGCGUUCAGUACAUUCUAGACUCCGUCAUCUCUUCCCUGCUGGCGGAGCCCACCCGUCGCUUUGUCUAUGUGGAGAUGGCCUUCUUCUCCCGUUGGUGGCAUCAACAGACAAAUGCAACACAGGAUGUUGUGCGGGACCUGGUGCGCCAGGGGCGCCUGGAGUUUGCCAACGGUGGCUGGGUGAUGAAUGAUGAGGCGGCCACCCACUACGGAGCCAUCAUAGACCAGAUGACACUAGGGCUGCGCUUCCUGGAGGACACCUUUGGCAAUGACGGGCGCCCCCGUGUGGCCUGGCACAUUGACCCCUUCGGCCAUUCUCGGGAGCAGGCCUCACUGUUCGCACAGAUGGGUUUUGACGGCUUCUUCUUCGGGCGCCUGGAUUAUCAAGAUAAGUUCGUGCGGAUGAAGAAUCUCGAGAUGGAGCAGGUGUGGCGGGCCAGUGCCAGCCUGAAGCCCCCAGCUGCUGACCUCUUCACCAGCGUGCUCCCCAACAUGUACAACCCGCCGGAGCAUCUGUGCUGGGAUGUCCUGUGUGCUGACAAACCCAUCGUGGAGGACCCCCGCAGCCCUGAGUACAAUGCCAAAGAACUGGUCGAUUACUUCCUACAGUUAGCUACUGCCCAGGGCCGGUUCUACCGCAGCAACCACACCGUGAUGACCAUGGGUUCAGACUUCCAGUACGAGAAUGCCAACAUAUGGUUCAAGAACCUUGAUAAGCUCAUCCGGUUGGUCAAUGCCCAGCAGGCCAACGGGAGCCGUGUCAAUGUUCUCUACUCCACUCCAGCCUGUUACCUCUGGGAGCUGAACAAGGCUAACCUCACCUGGUCGGUGAAACAGGAUGACUUCUUCCCCUAUGCGGAUGGGCCCCACCAGUUCUGGACUGGCUUCUUUUCUAGCCGUCCGGCGCUCAAACGCUACGAACGCCUCAGCUAUAACUUCCUGCAGGUGUGCAACCAGCUGGAAGCGCUGGCCGGCCCGGCGGCCAACGUGGGACCCUAUGGCUCUGGAGACAGUGCACCCCUCAACGAGGCAAUGGCUGUGCUUCAGCACCACGAUGCAGUCAGUGGGACCUCCAAGCAACACGUUGCAGACGACUACGCACGCCAGCUGGCAGCAGGGUGGGGCCCCUGCGAGGUUCUCCUGAGCAAUGCACUGGCGCGGCUCAGCGGCUCCAAAGAGAAGUUCGUUUUUUGCCGCAACCUCAAUAUUAGCCAGUGUCCACUCAGCCAAUCUGCAGAGAGAUUCCAGGUGACCAUUUAUAACCCCUUGGGGAGGAAAGUAGAUUGGAUGGUGCGGCUUCCAGUCAGCAAACACACUUUCCUUGUGAAGGAUCCCAGUGGCACAGUUGUGCCCAGCGAUGUGGUGACAAUGCCCAGCUCAGACAUUCAGGAGCUGCUUUUCUCAGCCUCGGUGCCUGCCCUUGGCUUUAGUAUCUACUCAGUCACCAAGGUGCCCCGCCAAAGCCCACAGGCUCGCAUCCACCAGUCUAGAUCCCGCAUCAAGCACACGUCCCCCGUCAAGCACACGUCCCCCGUCAAGCACACGUCCCCCGUCAAGCACGCGUCUCGCAUCAAGUCCUCGUCCCAUGUCUUGACCAUCCAAAACGAGCACAUCAGGGCCAGGUUUGACCCUGACACAGGGUUCCUGAUGGAGAUAAAGAACCUGGACCAGGACCUACUGCUGCCUGUUCGCCAAGCCUUCUACUGGUACAACGCCAGUACAGGCAACAGCCUAAGCACCCAGGUCUCGGGUGCCUACAUCUUCAGACCCAGUCGACAGGAACCACUGCCCAUGAGCCAUUGGGCUCAGACCCGCCUGGUGAAGACGGCCUUGGUUCAGGAGGUGCACCAGAACUUCUCAGCCUGGUGUUCCCAGGUGGUUCGUCUGUACCCAGGUCAGCGGCACCUGGAGUUGGAGUGGACGGUGGGACCGAUACCUGUGGGUGAUGACUGGGGGAAGGAAGUGAUCAGUCGUUUUGACACUCCGCUGGAGACAAAAGGACACUUCUUCACUGACAGCAAUGGCCGGGAGAUCCUGGAGAGGAGGAGGAAUUACCGACCUGCCUGGAAGUUGAACCAGACUGAGCCAGUGGCAGGAAACUACUAUCCAGUCAACAGCCGCAUUUAUAUUACGGAUGGGAAAGUGCAGCUGACGGUGCUGACGGAUCGCUCCCAGGGGGGCAGCAGCCUGAGAGAUGGCUCCGUAGAGCUCAUGCUGCACCGCAGGCUGUUGAAAGACGACGAACGUGGAGUCGGGGAGCCGCUGCUGGAGAACGGGUUGGGGUUGUGGGUGCGAGGGCGCCACCUUGUGCUGCUGGAUAAGGCCCGGACCGCGGCUGUCAGGCACCGGUUGCAGGCUGAAAAGGAGCUCCUGGCCCCGCAGGUGGUGCUGGCCCCGGGUGGCGGCAUCCCCUACCACUUGGGGGUAGCCCCGCGCAAGCAGUUCUCGGGACUCCGCCGGGAGCUGCCGCCCAAUGUACACCUGCUCACACUGGCGCGUUGGGGCCCUAAAAUGCUGCUGCUGCGCUUUGAACACCAGUUCGCCGUAGGGGAGGACAAGGGCGGCAACUUGAGCUCUCCGGUUACCUUGGACUUGAGGGACCUGUUCUCUGCCUUCACCAUCACCGACCUUAAGGAGACCACGCUGGCCGCCAACCAGCUUCGGGCCAGUGCCUCCAGACUCCAGUGGACACAGAACACGGGCCCCACCCUCAAGCCCUUUCCCUCGAGGCUGGACCCUGCCAGCAUCACACUGCAGCCCAUGGAGAUCCGCACGUUCCUGGCCUCCGUGCAGUGGGAGGACAGCUAGACCUGCUGGGGCCAGGCUGCCCCCUUUCCAGUCUGAUCCCCUUCUCUUGCUGCUGCUGCCACCCGUGAAAGCCAUUAAAGUGCCACUAGCA